AAGCGUACACUCGUUAUUCCAAGUACUGAAGCAAGUGCACACAGCCAUCAUGGCGGAGGCUGUUGUAGGAGUUCUGAUCAGCAAGCUCGGUGUGGCCUUGGCAAAAGAGGCAGCAACUUAUGGUGCAUCCCUGCUUUGCAAGGAAGCUUCUGCCCUAAAGGGUCUUUUCGGUGAGAUCCACAAAGCCAAGGGUGAGCUGGAGAGCAUGAAGGCAUACUUGCGUGAAUCAGAGAAAUUCAAAGAUACCAAUGAGACCACUGGCAUAUUUGUAAAGAAGGUUCGUGAAUUAGCUUUUCGUAUCGAGGAUGUUGUCGAUGAGUUCUCAUACAAACUUGAGGAUGACAAGCAUGGAGGUUUUGUAGCCAAGAUGAUUAAGAGGAUCAAGAAUGUCAAAAGUUGGCACUAUCUAGCCGUCGAGCUCCGAUAUAUCAAUACCGAGCUCGAAGAGGCUACAAAAAGGAGGGACCGUUAUGUCAUUCCAGAAAUGCAGAGACAAGAUAGAACUGGUGACCAUCGUGCUAAACCCAACAAUCAAAUUUCAUGUUUUGCGAGAGAAGAGGAUGUAGUGGGCAUUGAAUAUUAUGCAGAAGAGCUCCAGCGGUGGCUUCUAGCUGCAUGGGUAACUGUGUCAAAGAGUUACCAAGUUGAGGACUUGUUGAUAAAUAUUGCUAGAGAGUUCGGCAUCUCAACAGUUGACGGUAGCAAUAUGGAAAUGAGAACAGUCGUUGAGGUCAUCCGUAACCAUCUUGAAGGUAAAAAGUAUAUCUUGGUUUUGGAUGAUGUUUGGGAACAAGAUGUGUGGAUUAGUAAUGUCAUGCCUGUAUUCCCCGCUAAUUGUACCGACAGAUUUGUUCUCACAUCAAGAGUAUAUGAAGUAGCAUCAUUGGCAACUAAUGAAUGUUCAAUUCAGCUGGAACCACUACCAGACAAAAGCUCUUAUAAGUUAUUUUGCAAGCUAGCCUUUUGGAAUAAUGGUGAAAAAACUUGCCCUCUGGAGUUACGGGAUUUAGCUGCAAAGUUCUUACAAAAGUGUGAAGGAUUGCCUAUUGCUAUUGCAUGCAUGGGGCGCCUAUUAUCUUGCAAAUCCCCAACUUACUCUGCUUGGGAAAAUGUUUAUGAGGAAUUAGAGCUGCAGUCGUGUAAAAGUGCGAUCCCUGGUGUCGAUACCAUUUUGAAAGUCAGCUUCGAGGAUCUUCCAUAUGAGUUGAAGAACUGCUUCUUAUAUUGUGCAAUAUUUCCAGAGGAUUAUGAGCUGAAGAGGAAGAGGUUAAUACGGCACUGGAUUACUGCUGGAUUCAUCACUGGAAAAGAGAACAAAACACUAGAACAAGUGGCAGAGGGGUACUUAAGUGAGCUUGUAAACCGAAGCCUACUACAAGUCACGAGGAAGAAUGUGUUUGAACAAGUGAAAUGUUGCCGAAUGCAUGAUGUCAUCCGCAGUGUUGCCCUUGACAAGGCAGAGAACGAAUGCUUUGGCAAAGUUUAUGGGAGCUCUGGGACAUUUUCUGUUGAUGGCACCCGUCGAAUAUCAAUACUGAGCAAAAAUAAUGAACCUCUAAGUCAGUCAUGUACUACACAUCUCCGUGCAAUCCUUGCAUUUACCAGUGACGUUAAUGUUUAUUUGCUCAAACGUAUCCUUGCAUCUUCAAGGUUACUAUCAACACUGGAUCUGCAAGGUACUCACAUCAAGAUGUUGCCUAAUGAGGUCUUCGGCCUUUUCAAUUUGCGAUUUUUGGGUCUUAGAUAUACUAGAAUUGAGAUUCUACCUGAUGCAGCAGGAAGAUUACAAAAUCUAGAAGUACUGGAUGCAUAUGUACGAAGACUAACGCACAAUAUAAAAGCUCUCCGACAAGUCAACGGAAUCAAGGUGCCUAGGAGCAUUAGGCGCCUGAACAGGCUGCAUGCUCUGCAAAAUGUUAAAGCAAGCUUAGAGACUCUCCAUGACAUCGCAGCUUUGACGGAGUUAAGAACAUUUGCAGUUAGCGAUGUGAAAAGUGAGCACUCUUUAAACUUGAGCAGUGCUAUCAUGAAUAUGAGCCAUCUUGCACAUCUCUCAGUUGCUGCAUCAAUAGAACAUGAAAAAAUGUGCUUCCCCAAACAAUCAUUUCCUAGACUCCGAAUAUUGAAGAUAUUGGACGCUCCGCAGCUCUACGAAGUCGAAAUAGAAGAAGGUGCACUGGAAAGCCUUGUACAGAUUGUGUUUUCAAAGUGCCCAGAAAUGAAGCUUCUUCCUCCAGGUAUUAAAUACCAUUACAUACAUUCAUAUGAACGUUAUUGAUUGAUGAGCCAUCUCCCAGGUUUGUAAUAAAAAAAACAGAUGAUUCCCACACGUUGUUGGGGAUUUAUAUAUGGUCUUCCUUUUUUCAUACAAGAUAGAAAUUAUAACAAAAUGAUGCAGCGAAUAGUUUUCAAACAUAACAAGUCUUAUGUGACAGUCGGAUAUUACAAUGGCUUUGUAAUAAACAAAAUUAUUGUGGCUUCAACGUCCAUUUAGAGGUAGCAUCGAGUUUUUUGUUGUUGUCUUCCUUUGUAAAAUGUUUUUGUCAACUACUCCCUCCGAUUCAAAACAUUUGUCAUCAUUAACUUUUCUUGCGAACG